UCACAUUUAGGGAAGCCGCAGGGCAGAUGUCGAUGAUAAAUUAAAUAUGAUAAUAACGUAAAACCUCACGUAUUUGCAAAUGUUCGCCUCUAUUGUCUCAGAACAUAAAGUUUUUAUUUACUGCAUUUUAUUUCAUGCUAUAUAUUGCCUGUAUUUAGGAUCGUCAUCCCGGUCAGAGGGGGCGCUAGUGAGCUUGGAUCAGCUGGGUGGUUCACCAGGAGUGGCCCAAAUGUUUCGACAUCAGCUCAGUGAGCUCACCCGGCGUGAACGACAGCGGUUAAGCUAGAUGGUACUUCGACUUGGCAGCUAACAGUGGGAGUUUGCGUCUCCAGAGGAAGAUAGUCAUCUGUUUCUGUCCUUUCAGAGUCGCUCUGCACCGUCAUGGCUCUUUACGAAUAUGUCACUCAGGAGCAGCUUGCGGGCUUCGAUAAAUACAAGUACAGUGCAGUGGACUCAAAUCCCCUGUCUGUCUACAUCAUGCACCCGUUCUGGAACUUUGUGGUGAAGUUUUUACCCACAUGGUUGGCCCCAAACCUCAUUACGUUUACAGGCUUUAUGUUUCUUGUGUUGAACUUUGUUAUGCUGGCUUUCUACGACUUUGACUUUGACGCCUCUGCUGCAGGACAUGUCCAUGUGCCCAGCUGGGUCUGGGUUGCUGCAGGAAUUUUCAACUUCUUGGCCUACACACUUGACGGUGUUGAUGGGAAACAGGCACGUCGCACCAACUCAUCCACACCACUAGGGGAACUUUUUGACCAUGGCUUGGACAGCUGGGCGUGCGUGUUCUUUGUGGCCACCGUUUACUCCAUAUUCGGCCGCGGGGAGAGCGGCGUGGGCGUGGCCACGCUCUAUUACAUCCUGUGGGUGGUGCUCUUCUCUUUCAUUCUCUCCCAUUGGGAAAAAUACAACACUGGCAUCUUGUUUCUGCCAUGGGGAUACGACAUCAGCCAAGUGACUAUCUCUCUAGUUUACUUGGUCACUGCUGUGGUCGGCGUAGAAACAUGGUACCAGCCGGUCCUGUGGAGCUUCCUCUACAGAGACCUCUUUACCUUUAUGAUUGUCGCCUGUUCCUUCACUGUGACCUUACCCAUGAGCCUCUACAAUGUCCUUAAAGCUUACCGCAGUAACACUCUAAAGCACAGCAGCCUGUACGAGGCCUUCCUGCCCUUUCUUUCUCCCUUCAUCCUCUUUGUCCUCUCCACCAUCUGGGUGGUUUACUCUCCAUCCAACAUCCUCGAGCUACAGCCCAGGAUCUACUACCUCAUGGUGGGGACGGCCUUCGCUAACGUUACAUGUAAGCUGAUUGUGUGUCAGAUGAGUAACACACGGUGCCAGGCGCUGAGCUGGCUGUUGCUGCCCAUGACAGUGGUGGUGUUGUCAGCUGUAACUGGGGUGGUCGCCAAUGAGACGCUACUGCUGUACCUGUGGACAGCUGCUGUCAUACUGGCACACAUACACUACGGAGUAUCAGUGGUGCAACAGCUCAGCGACCACUUCAGCAUCUUUGCUUUCUCUCUCAAGAAGCCCAGUAGUGACUGACAGGAGGAGGAACGAAUCGGCUUGAAAGGAGCGGAGGUCUAAGCUCCUCCCCUCCGAGGUUUACCGACACUUCACUCUCAUCACCACGGAAACCGCAUCCCCUCCCCUCCCCUCCAUCCAUAAGGACACUGCAAGUGGAAUGGAUUGUGGCCCUCUUCUCCACUAUCCCCAAUACAAACACACACACACACACUCACACACAGACACUUUGCUAAACAAAUAUACCAAACCUGGCCAUGGGGUGGGCCCAGGGGCUCUGGCUUCCGCCACUGGUGAUUGGCAAACUUGGUUUAGCCAAUGAGGUGCAGUUGUUUCCUACGGAAAUGUGCUUCAGUCGUGAGGACAGGAGCCCAGACAAGCCAUGAAAACACACAUAGACAUACACAGAUGUUAGUACAUCAGUCUGCUUUCAUGCAGAUACUCUGUAUCUCAUGGCAGGUAUUACAAAUACUCACAGAUACCCUCAGAUGCACUCACAUAGUAUUGAAUGUAUUAUAUGCCUUGGGGAAAUGCCAUUUCAGUUUAAUUAUAUUAACAGGAAUGCCUCAAGUAGUGUUCUCUAAAGCCUGACCAAACCUCUGACCUCUGGCCACAUGUGACUCACACAUCCAGAGUUUAAAGGUUCAGUCACAUUUUUAUCAUAGGAUGAUUUGCAUUUGGAAUCACCAUGAUAUAUGUUAAUAGUUCUAUGUCUUUAUUGUAUGUGUUGAGGGGUUUGUGGCAUUUUAUUUUCAAACUGAAAUGAAUCUUAAAAAUGAUUACUCCUGUAAAAUGUUCCGUACAUUUCCUUCUAAUUAACUUCAGAAUCUGCUCUGUGGGAACAGUUGUCCUGUGUACACAGAGCUGGAUAUCAACUAACCAGGGCAAUUGACCAGGGUGACCUCUGACCUUUUGAAUUCUACUAAUCUACCACUUUGACCUCUGUCUGAGCACUGGCCUCGCGGCUUCCCUACCUUCUGAGGUGUCGUGUCUUCAUGCUGAUUCGUUCGUUUUAAGUUUUUGGUUUUUAUUUUGUGUGUGGGUUUUUUUUUUUGUUUUUUUUUUAUAAACAUAUUUGCUAUCAUUUCAGCUGUUCUCUGUUACCAGGAUGAGGCUGUGUGGUUUACUUGCAGUGCGCUUGAAUGAAGAGUGCGUCCAAAAGCCUUACAAAGGAGCGGACUCACUCUGAGGGAACAAGCUGUCACACAGGACACCGCAAACGCCAUGACAGCACCUGGCCUUACUCUCUCCUGCCCACACAGAUAUAGUUAUUACACCUUUUAUAUUGUCUGUCUGAUAAGUCGCGUCUAAUUGCUUUUUGUUGUUCAGUCUGUUAAACACUUCAUUCAUACUUUGUUUCCACGACAAAGGUGGACAGACUAGAGGCUGCAGACUGUACUCAGCAGGUUUUCACUGCAGGGCUUAAUAAAACAAAACACUUCUCAAUGUCGUUUUCAUAUCUUAAGAGAAGGUCGUAUGUGUAACCUGGCUAUUGUAAGAACCAACACAGUUCUGUUUUUCACCGAUGUUUAUAAAAUCCCAGUUCACAACCCCACCAGAAACGAAUGCAUCCUUCACAGUUAUCUGCCAGAAACAGGGUUUGCAGGUCAGCUGAAAACCACUGCUCCCAUCUCAUCUGGGUCAGUGUUUACGAAGGAAGAUGUCGAAAUGAACUGAAACCCUGUACUUGCCUUGCGAAUGUCAAGUUAAGUUGGGAGUUAAUAUUCAACCUUAAAUUUGAAUGUCCAGUUGUAACAUCACCCAAUCACACUUUUCUACAAGUAAAUAUGUUCAUAUAUUAGAACUGAUAGAUAGGGAACUCGCAAGGGAUAAAGAUGUAAAGACAUUUUUCGUUCAUUUAGCGGAGUUUUGCAUAUGCCGUUCUUACCAAGGCUGUGCACUCACUCAUAUGUUCAUAUAAGACAAGCUAGUAGCAUCUCUGCGAUUCUGUUAGCACUGGGAGCAACAACGUAAGACUCAACUUUACUGCCAUAACGCUCAGCAAACAAGUCUUUCUUAUUACUAUAAUUUCCGUUUUUUUUGUUUUUGGAGUGUGCAGUUCUAAGCACAUUACAUAAGAUGAACUUUGAAGCCCCACAUAUGUGACUUUGGAGACCAUAGAUUGUAGUGAUAUGACUGAGACUAAGAUUUCACCACCGAAACAGUAGACAGUUUUUUUUUCUGGUGGGUCCAUGCACUGUUGGGUUAUCUACAUUUUCCAUUGUAUAUGUGUCUGUUGAUGUAUGGGUGUAUACUCUGUAUGUGUGGAUAUCUGUGUAUAUACAUAUAUUAUUUCAACAUGUAAUUUUAUUUUUUAAGCUAUACUGUAAAUGUUGCCUGGUUGGCAGACUUGUCCAAACAUGGGACACUGGAACUGGUACACCAGGGGAAGACUAAUCAGCAUAUACUUAGGGUCAUCAUCACCAAAGUUACAAAGCUGCCUAGAUGUAGUCCUGACGACACACUGUUUAGAAUAUUAGUUCAAAUUUCUAAUCUUUUCUGCUCUACUGGCUGAUUAACCCCCAGGUUGUUUCUCUAUUUAAGUCUGGAGAUGGGACCAGCUCUUGGUGUAAAGACCUUCAUGCUGGUCUGCAAACACUACACGCACAUGCAACAAGGGAUUUCGUGUCAUGUCAAGAUGGGGAAAAGAAAACAUUUGUCAGCUGAUUGAAGUAAAACGUGCCAACAAACAAAACAAAAAACAAGGCAGGAAUACGAGAACAAAACUUGGAACAAGCUAAAUUCUCCCAUUCAGCUGGCAAACGACUCCAGUCAUUUCAUUAAAUUAACUUUAUAAAUCUUCCCUGUUCAUUUUCUAGGCUUUAUUUUGUAGUGUGUGUGCUCCCUGGGUUUUGACUUUAGAGCUAAAAACAGUCUUAAUGAUCUCCUCCCUUCCCUGGAUCAAUGAACUAAAAGUGUUCAAUCUGUGUCUAAAUUGUUGUAUAAUGCAGCCCUGGCACACAUUCCAGGGCUUUGGAGUGGCUACUUGUGAUGUUGUAUUUAACCAGUGAAAGAAAGGACUGUACAGAAACAAAUAAAAGUGAAUUUUCUUUAA